CUUCCCAAUACAGAAUAAUUGUAGAAAAGAGGGAAGUCAUUAAUCCUCCUGGUGAGGCCUGGUAGACAAAUGGUAACUUGGAUUCUGUACUUUAGUGUUAGAAGGUUAGUUGUGCUGGACUCAAGUCGGUGUACCUAUUUUUUUGUCGCACUUUUUUACUGAAUUAAUAACCCUUCUGCAAUACAUUGUUUUAACAUACAAAAACCCAGCAACAGCAUUAUCUAACCACCAAAUAACCACACAACAGUUAAACCAGAAACCCACUUUCAGUCACAUACUCAUCUACAUCUAUUGGGAAUAUAUAAAGAAGUACAAAGACCAGCAUCACUUAAGUUGUAUAUGCACACAUGUAAGUAGGCCAGACCAAGCCUAAACAUCUGUCAGUCUGCUGGCCUCCUUGCUGCCCUGUGAGAGGCCGAUGACAGCUGGACAGGGAGCGUCUGGCUCCCUUCUUGUGACCGUACCGGCAGUUGCCUUCCUAAAAUAGCCCCCCUCUCCAGCACCUUAUAUGUGCAAGGCUCCAGUGUGUGGCUGGGGAGGUAUUGUGUAUCCAGGCCACAGAAUAUUCUGACCGAAGGCACAUUGUAGCUCCGUAACACGGGGACCCCGCCACAAGCCUGGAGGCCCUCUCCUUCUCCGGGCCCUGCUCCCGAUCACCACCGCGGCCAUGCAUCUCACCCAGCUGAACCGCGAGUGUCUGCUGCACCUCUUCUCCUUCCUGGACAACGACAGCAGGCGGAGCCUCUCCCUGACCUGCGAGCCGCUGCGCCAGGUCUUCCUGGACCCCCGUCUGUGGACACUGCUGAGCUUCUGCUCCCCCAGCCAGCUGAGGUGGGACAAUUUCCUGCUGGGCUCCUCUCUGCGCUCGCUGUCGGUCUGCUGGCACUCCAGCCGGGUGCUGCGCGUGUGUAACAUCGAGGACUGGAUGAAGACGCCCUUCCAGAGAGACAUCUGCGCUAAACACCAGGAUCUGGUCAGCGACUUCCUGGCCCGCGUCUGCCUCACGUGAGUGGUUCUCUGUGUGUCUGAUCGCUCUCACCUGUGUAGUUGUUGGAUCUCUUGACCGGCGCCAGUGUGGUGGAUUGAGUGUGUGACCUUAUCGGCAGCAGGGGAAUCCCAGGCCGGCUUGUGGUUCACGAGACACAAUCACAUGGCAUCAGCCACAAUGACAAACCUGAAGCCUCACGCGGAGAGAGAGAGGGGCUUUAUUUAAACAUGCAGCCACAUCACAGCCCUGCCCUGGA